AUGCUUUUAGCCAUUUACCCUAACACCCUCAGCAUACCCCCUCGAUAUACCGUCAGCAUACCCCCUCGAUAUACCCUCAGCAUACCCCCUCGAUAUACCCUCAGCGUACCCCCUCGAUAUACCCUCAGCGUACCCCCUCGAUAUACCCUCAGCGUACCCCCUCGAUAUACCCUCAGCGUACCCCCUCGAUAUACCCUCAGCGUACCCCCUCGAUAUACCCUCAGCGUACCCCCUCGAUAUACCCUCAGCGUACCCCCUCGAUAUACCCUCAGCGUACCCCCUCGAUAUACCCUCAGCGUACCCCCUCGAUAUACCCUCAGCGUACCCCCUCGAUAUACCCUCAGCGUACCCCCUCGAUAUACCCUCAGCGUACCCCCUCGAUAUACCCUCAGCGUACCCCCUCGAUAUACCCUCAGCGUACCCCCUCGAUAUACCCUCAGCGUACCCCCUCGAUAUACCCUCAGCGUACCCCCUCGAUAUACCCUCAGCGUACCCCCUCGAUAUACCCUCAGCGUACCCCCUCGAUAUACCCUCAGCGUACCCCCUCGAUAUACCCUCAGCGUACCCCCUCGAUAUACCCUCAGCGUACCCCCUCGAUAUACCCUCAGCGUACCCCCUCGAUAUACCCUCAGCGUACCCCCUCGAUAUACCCUCAGCGUACCCCCUCGAUAUACCCUCAGCGUACCCCCUCGAUAUAGCCUCAGCGUACCCCCUCGAUAUAGCCUCAGCGUACCCCCUCGAUAUACCCUCAGCGUACCCCCUCGAUAUACCCUCAGCGUACCCCCUCAAUUCGAGCCCUGGUUUUAA